AUGCCCGAGAUAGAUGACUUGAAGCUUGAGCCUGAGAUGUCAGUUACCAAAGAUGUCGACCUGGGACAGAUGCUGGGGAUGGAUGUCACCCCACAGCAGGAGAGAAAGGUGCUGCUAAAGCUAGACUUGAUAUUGAUCCCCUUAAUGGGUAUCUGCUAUAUGAUGCAAUAUAUGGACAAACUGGCUUUGAGUCAAGCAACAUUGUUCAAUCUAAGAGAAGACUUGGACCUACAAGGGACGGAGUACUCCUGGUCCUCAGCGAUCUUCUAUUUCGGAUACUUUGCGUGGAGUUGGCCAAGCUCCUACCUUAUUGUCCGCCUUCCCAUAGCCAAAUAUCUCAGUGCCUCGGUGCUGGUCUGGGGAGGAGUUCUUAUGUGCCAUGCUGCCGCGAAAAACUUCGGCGGUUUAAUGGCCGCCCGGUUCUUUUUGGGAGUCGGUGAGGCUGCCAUUGCUCCAGGAUUUGCUCUGAUCACUGGAAUGUACUAUAAGCGAGAGGAACAGCCUGCAAGACAAGCCGCAUGGUUCUUCGGCAACUGUGUUUCCACCGUCAUCGGUGGUGUUGUUGCUUAUGGCAUUGGGACUAUCAAGGUUAAUGCCAUUGAGAGUUGGCAGCUACUCUUCCUCUUCUUAGGUGCCAUCACUGCCGCCAUAUCGAUCUUCCUCGUUAUACUCCUUCCCGACGCUCCACAGAAAGCGAUAUUCUUAACCAAGACUGAGCGUACGAUCGCUGUGCAGCGGACCCUCAAGAACAAGACCGGUGUAAUGGAGGGCGGAGAUUUCAAAUGGAACCAAGCAUGGCUUGCCGUUCGUGAUCCACAAACGUGGUUUCUUGUCCUGUACACAUUCUCCGUCAACUUGUGCAAUGGAGGUGUCACCAGUUUCUCCUCAAUUAUUAUCAACGGCUUCGGCUUCACACAACUCAAGUCCCUUCUGAUGCAAAUGCCUCUUGGUGGUGCCCAGAUCGUCUUCUUGCUUAUCACCGCCGGCGUCGCCACUGCCAUUCCUAAUACUCGAAUCCUCAUGAUGAUCUUCAACACGACAGUCUCAUUAGUCGGCAUGAUCCUCGUCUGGAAAUUGGAUGAAGAUAACCAAAAGGGCCGGUUGACUGGAUUGGCUCUAGGGGCUGUCUUUGCGGUGAACAUUCCCCUGUCGCUUAGUAUCAUCAGUUCCAACGUGGCCGGGUUCACGAAGCGAAGUACGACGAGUGCCUUGAUGUUUGUGGCCUACUGUGUAGGGAAUAUUGUUGGGCCUCAAUUCUUCCUUUCCUCUGAGGAACCCCAUUAUCCUACCGGUAUGAAGGCUGCCAUUUCUGGUCUCGCCCUAGGGGCGUUUUUCCUGAUUUGCUUGUACGUUUAUUAUAUUUUCGAGAAUAAACGCCGAGACGCGGCGUAUGGUGCUCCCUCCGAGUUAACUGAGGAAGAGGAGCGGAUGCAAGGGCUAUCGAACAAGACGGACCUUGAAAUUGAAAGCUUCCGUUAUGUCAUAUAA